CCGGGAAAAAAAAACGCGAAAUCAAAGCCUAAACCUCCUGGCGGUGUCGACGAGCUCCAUUGCUUACGAGAUCUCUGCGGGAUCUGAAUCGUAAUGACGCGAUAGUGAGAUCUUAUCACUGUCAGUGUCGAGGACGACAAAAUCUGGACAUAACCUUGACGAGAUUUCGAAGAAAUGGAGGACUUUACGACAUCUUCAACGGCGAGAUCUAAAACGACGUUGUUUUUCCGGCAAUCUCCAACAAGUACGACCUCCAAAAUGAGAAUGUACUCUAAUUUAUUAUGAUUUAAAAAAUGUGUUAUUUACUUCAAAAUAAGUAUGAAAUGUGCUAUUUGCCUUAUUACAUGAAAAUUGAAGUAAAAAAAAUAAUUACAAUACUAAAAAUAAUUUGAGCCGUUAGAUCAACCGAUGUAUUUUAUCUCAACGGUUGUACUUUUCUCCACAUCAACACCCUAAUUACCUAAAAACACUCGGGCGAACGUCACAGCUAGCUGCUGGGAUGAGCUUUGGCGGUAAAGAUGGAAGAGUAAGAAAGGAGUAAACUUUCCAAUUUGUAAACCAGUUGUGUGAUUAUGGUUUGAUUAUUGAACCAGUGGAAACUUUCCUCCAUAACCCAUUUCCAUGGCGACCCAGUUACUGAAAUCCAUCACCAAGAAAACCCAUUUCCCCUCCAUCACCAUCACUCGCCCCAAAACCACCUCUUCCCAGUAUGUAGCCUCCAGAGCCAGAGAUCCCACUUUCGAAAAACUCAUGGAUUCUUACAAAAACCUCCUCAAAGUCAUCUCCAUCCAAGACCUCAUUCUCGCCAACCCCAAAAACGCCGUCGUUUCCCUCCCUUUCCUCUCCAAACUCUCCCAAAAACUCCACCUCAACCGCGGCGCCGCCUCCUUCCUCCGAAAAUACCCCCACAUAUUCCUCAUUUCCCACGACCCCAAAACGGCGCAAAUUCUUUGCCGUUUAACCCCCUCCGCCCUCCAAAUCGCCCGACAAGAAUCGGAGGCGAUAAACGACGACUUACCCAUUGUCGUAGACAGGCUGGUCCGGCUUUUGACAAUGUCGGUUUCAAAGACUCUGCCGCUCAGGGCCCUCUUUAAGGUGUGGAGGGAAAUGGGUCUGCCUGAUGACUUUGAGGACUCUGUAAUUGCGAAAAACUCUCGGCUUUUUAGAGUUUUUGAUAAUGCUCAAGAACCCGGUACUCAUUUAGUGAAACUUGUUGGUUGUAACAAUGGUGUUUUUAAGAGUUCUUGUUUUAGUUCUGCUGUUGAGAAGUGGAGGGUUGAGGAGUGUUGUAAAGAAGGUGUUGAUGGGGAAGAGAUUAAGUUUAGUUUUCGACAUGGGUAUCCUCCGGGGAUGAGGCUGAGUAAGGUUUUCAAGGCUAAAGUUAGGGAGUGGCAGAGGUUGCCUUGUGUGGGGCCCUAUGAUAAGAUGAGUAUGAGUGAGUUGAAGAAGAUAUCUGAUAACGGUUGUGUGAUGGCAUUGGAGAAGAGGGCAGUUGGUAUAGUUCACGAGUUUUUGAGUUUGACGGUGGAGAAGACGGUGGAAGUUGAGAAGAUUAGCCAUUUCAGGAAGUGGUUUGGGAUCGAGUUUAAUAUAAGGGAUUUGUUCUUGGAUCACCCCGGGAUAUUCUAUUUGUCCACCAAGGGGAAGAGGCAUACUGUUUUUCUUAGAGAGGCUUACGAGAGGGGGUAUUUGGUUUGCCUGAAUCCAGUUUAUGAUGCCAGGAGAAAGCUUCUUGAUCUUGUUCGUUUCGGACGGCGGGGGUUGGUUAAUGGUGGAUCAAAGCUGAGGGACGAAGAGGGGACAGAAUUGCUGGUUGAAAACAAUGACUCAAACUGAUGGUUUUUAGAUUUUAUCAUUUUGAUGUGGGGAGUUUUUAGCUGUUAAUAAGGGCCGUGUAUUUUGUUCUACCGAUCGCAGCUGAGGUUUCAUUAUUUCCUCUGCUAAAAAUUGGAGAUUGGGACUGUUGCUGGGUGAAAAAACAACUCUUGAAGCUGAUGGCUUUUUGGAGUUUCACUAUUUCAUCUCCUAAAAACUGGAGGAUAUAUCUCAUAAUAUUUUGAGGUCAGAGACAAAAAGUUGGUGAAUGGUAUAAAGUGGUGAAACUGGGAAUUUUAGCAUGAUGUUUCGAAUGAUGUUCUUGAUUUUGCGAUAUCCUUGUUGUAUUGAACCUGGUUUGGAUUCCACUGAAAACGAGCGAAUAAAGAUUUUUCUGAACGAUACGCGGUAUUGGUUGCUGGGAACUUCCAUAUGUUGUGCUCAAUUAGAGCUGGUGUCCGCCGUGAUGAGAGGUUGCCUGUGACUUGUUCUCCUCACAGUUGUUUUGGUAUCAUGGACUUGAAUUGUGAUCGAUUUUUGGUAGUGUGUUCCGGCAGUUACCGAUGUAUGAUUUACCAUUCUGUUUAGCUCCUUGCGUAAUCUUUAUUUUUCAAUUUUUUCCAUGCUACUUUCAGGUUUUAUUUGCUUGUAAAAGAUCUGAGAUCUCUUAGGCCGUAUUACUAAUUUACUCGUUUUGUUUGUAAUGUAUCAUCUUCAUUCCCAACUUAGGCCUUGCCUUCAUGUAAUCUUGACUUCAUUGAGAACCUCAACUUAAGGAAAAAGUUAA